AAUCCGGCGGCGCAUCUGCCAGCCACGAGUUCGCCUGGACCGACGGCGCAUCAUCUACAGGGAAAAGGGAUCCUCAGCAGCCCGCAUCAUCAUCCGCAUCUCAAUCCUCACGGCAUCACGCCGCCAGGUUUAGGCUUAGGCCCACAUACGCCCGAAGAAGCAGCUGUCCUGGCGGCCGCGGCGGCAGCGUUGCACCACCAUCAUCAGGGUGGUCCUGGUGGGCCUGCGAUGAGGCCACUCAGGCCUCCCUUACCCCCGGGGAUGUUGCACACCUCGCCACACCCUCUGGCACCGCAUCACCCCCUCGCAGGGCCUCACCAUCCCCUCGUACCUCCUCAUCAUCCUGAGGAAGACGGUGUCGUGGAUGAUCCUAAGGUAACCCUCGAGGGCAAGGAACUCUGGGAAAAAUUCCAUAAACUCGGCACGGAAAUGGUCAUCACCAAAAGCGGCCGGCAGAUGUUCCCUCAGAUGAAGUUCCGAGUUUCCGGAUUGGACGCGAAGGCCAAAUACAUCCUCCUGCUGGACAUCGUCGCAGCGGACGACUACAGAUACAAGUUCCACAACAGCAGGUGGAUGGUAGCGGGGAAGGCAGACCCGGAAAUGCCGAAGAGGAUGUACAUCCAUCCUGAUUCGCCGAGUAGCGGUGAGCAGUGGAUGCAGAAGGUGGUGAGCUUCCACAAGCUCAAACUCACUAACAACAUCAGCGACAAGCACGGCUUUACGAUAUUGAACUCGAUGCACAAGUACCAGCCGAGGUUUCACCUGGUGCGGGCCAACGACAUCCUGAAGCUUCCCUACUCGACGUUCAGGAGUUACGUUUUCAAGGAGACGGAGUUUAUCGCGGUGACCGCCUAUCAGAACGAGAAGAUCACCCAGCUGAAGAUCGACAAUAACCCGUUCGCGAAGGGAUUUCGGGACACGGGGGCGGGGAAGCGCGAGAAAAAAAGGCAGGCGCUGUUGACAGUGUCAGGAGGCGGUUCCCGUCUAACAGCAGGUGGGCCAGCAUCCCCCGAGAAGCGUCGUUCUUCCAAUUCGGUUAACGACCUCUUAGAUGACGAGGACAAACUUCUAGACGUCGUGGGACCCGAUACACCCCAUCCAGCGCAUCAUCAACGCGAGCGCGAACACUCUCGCGAGAGGGACGAUCGAACAAGCGAAAGAGGGGAGGGUAGCGAGUCAUCGGGUUCCGAGAGCGGCGGUGGACCAGGCCCAACGGGUUCAGAAGGGCCUCGACCGGACGUAUCGGUUGGUCCACCGCUUCAUCCGCCCCUGUUACCGUACCUCUAUCCACCGGUACCUGGGUUAUACCCAGGUCCAGGGCCUCUAAUACCACCCAGUCCCCUGGGAAUCCAUGGUGGAGUCACUCCAGGCAUGUUGUUCAACGCGCAACUGGCUUUAGCUGCGUCCCAGCACCCAGCCUUGUUCGCUCACUAUCCUCACCCCCUGGCCAGUCCUCUACAUCAACUAAAAGGACAUCGAUUCGCGCCGUAUACCUUACCAGCACCGUCACACGGAUCCGCGUUCGAAACUGUCACCCCUGGUAGUAGGACACUCAGCCCAAGGUCUCCACCUCCAAGGCCUCCAACUAGCUCUCCCACACCAACGGCUGGCCUAACGUCGGGCGGCAGUUCAGCGGGUGAACUAAAAUCCAUAGAGAACAUGGUGAACGGCUUACAAGAGAAAAGGAGGCGUAGCCCUAGUCUAACACCCGGUGGACACAGGGGGGACGCGGACAACGUGAGUGCCAAGGUUCAUCUAUCUGGAACAAGAUUGGAGACCUUAGAUCAAGACAGAUAA